CCCCUGAUUUAAUUUUUCUUUUCGUGCAGGUGUUCAGGUGUUUUACAAAUCUGCAGUAACAACAAUAUGGGCAAGAUAAUUUUCUGGAAUCAUCGGUAAAGUCUUAGUUACUCGAGUCAAGUAGGUAAAUACAAUGAACCGUAGUGUACCAUGUAAUGUAGAUCUUGAUGCACAGGUGACGAAAAAUGAUGGGUAAACUUGAGGCCGACAGGCUAUAAUCCUAGUCGGGAUAUUGAUAGGUGCAGUAGGUGCAAUAGGUUACAGGUCAAUUACAGGACGUUGCAAGGAUUGAUAGUUUGGGGGAGGCUGAUGGGAAAAAACGGAAUAGAAGGAAGGUCAAUUGCAUAUGACACCACACACCAACUUUUCACCUCCUAGAUGCCGAUCCAUGAUCCACGAUCCACGAUCCACCUGGACUUGCAGGCUUGCUAGAACAAACCUCUAAACCAACCUCGUUCAAGAUCUUUCACGGCCUGACGGCUUACCUUACGCGCUACGCAACGCAACGCCACAACAUCCUUGCUAGGGUACCGAGACAGGAAACAAAGAGAAAGUCCUGUUCAGCUCAUUCUUCCCGAUGAUGGCAGGGUGGCCCGCUCCGGUUUGAAUUCGUGCCUCAGUGCCUAAUCAAUGACAACGAAACUGCUGGCCAGUGGAAUGUCUCGCUCAAACUUCGCCAUCUCCACAUCUUCCUUCUCUCCUAUAUAUCCUCGGGUCCGUGCCGUGGCUAGUAGACCGAAAAGUUACCUUAAGUCUACAAGCAUUGCCGGGGUUUUGUCCACUACUCCAUUUAAUCAAAUUAGAUAUCGAUAUUUCCCGUCUGUCUUCGGCUGCUAUUGUCCCUUUAGCUGCUAUCAUCGUGUCAUCUUCCGAAAUUCCUCCAGCUUAAGAACCAUGAACGACCCAGUUGUCAGAGCUGCUACUCCCUACACUGAUCCUACAGUAAAGGGUCCAAAGUUUCAGCAGCUCACCAAUGGUCAUUCCCGUUCUCUUCUUCAACAAAACAAGAUGAUUUCCAACAACAAAGUCAACAAAACAGCCCUUCAUCCUACUGGUGUUGAACCUCACCAGGAAAGGGAGCACACAGAGCUAGAGGAGGAGCUACAUGAGAAGGCACACAUCGACUACGAUAGAGUUGCCAUUAUUCCUAACCCUUCAGUUCCUGCCCUAUACGAAGAUGCUCUUGUGUAUGAGAUGGGCUCGGCCAUCGCAUCGAGCGGUGCGUUGACGGCCUACUCUGGUUCAAAGACCGGUCGGUCACCAUCGGAUAAGAGGAUUGUAAAAGAACCGUCAUCAGAAAAGGAUAUCUGGUGGGGACCCGUUAAUAAACCAAUGGCUCCUGAGGUAUGGAAAAUCAACCGCGAACGUGCUGUCGACUACUUGAACACCCGAUCGAGAAUUUAUGUCGUCGACGGUUAUGCAGGCUGGGAUGAAAAGUACCGAAUCCGAGUUCGAGUUAUCUGUGCCCGUGCCUACCAUGCCUUGUUCAUGCGCAACAUGCUUAUCCGCCCUCCGCGAGAGGAGCUGGAGCAUUUCCACCCCGACUACACGAUCUACAACGCCGGAAGUUUCCCGGCUAACAGAUAUACCGAAGGGAUGACCUCGGGAACUUCGGUCGCCAUUAACUUUGCCGACAAGGAGAUGGUCAUCCUCGGUACUGAGUAUGCAGGCGAGAUGAAGAAGGGCAUUUUCACCGUAUUAUUCUAUGAAAUGCCUAUUAAGCACAAUGUACUUACUCUUCACUCGUCUGCAAACGAAGGCAAGAAAGGCGAUGUCACGCUUUUCUUCGGCCUUUCCGGAACCGGCAAGACAACCCUAUCUGCCGAUCCUCACCGAGCUUUAAUCGGUGACGACGAGCACUGCUGGAGCGAGCGCGGCGUCUUCAACAUUGAGGGCGGUUGCUAUGCAAAGUGCAUCGGUCUCUCGGCAGAGAAGGAACCAGAUAUUUUCAACGCUAUCCGCUUCGGCUCCGUCCUUGAGAAUGUUGUCUUCGACCAAGAGACUAGAGAGGUCGACUAUGACGACGCUACCCUCACCGAGAAUACGAGAUGUGCCUAUCCUAUUGAGUAUAUCAACAACGCCAAGAUUCCCUGUCUGUCGACAAACCACCCUAGCAACAUUAUCUUGUUAACCUGCGACGCGCGUGGCGUAUUGCCGCCGAUAUCAAAGCUUAAUAGCGCGCAGACCAUGUUCCACUUCAUUUCUGGUUACACCUCCAAGAUGGCUGGUACUGAGGAAGGUGUAUUAGAACCUGAAGCUACUUUCUCAUCAUGCUUUGCUCAGCCCUUCCUUGCUCUGCACCCUAUGAGGUACGCGAAGAUGCUAGCAGACAAGAUAGAACACCACUCAGCGAAUGCUUGGCUCCUGAACACCGGCUGGGUCGGUGCCGGUUAUAUCCACGGCGGCAAGCGCUGCCCGCUCAAGUACACUCGUGCAAUCUUGGAUGCCAUUCACUCAGGCGAGUUAGCGAAGGCUGAGUAUGAGACAUAUGAAGUAUUCAACCUCCAGGUCCCCAAGACAUGUCCUGGAGUGCCUUCAGAGCUUCUCAACCCCAAGACUGCCUGGACUGCGGGGUUAGACAGCUUUAGCGAGGAAGUCAAGAAGCUUGGUGGACUGUUCAUCGACAACUUCAAGAAGUACGAGUCAGAAGCUACAGACGACGUCAAGGCAGCUGGCCCGGUUGUUUAAGAAAAGAAAAAAACGAGACGCUUCACAGCAUCCCCCCAUUUUUCGAUGUCUUCUUUUUUCCAUCAGUUGGGAGUUGAGCAUCUGGCAUGAUUUUUAGGGAAUGACGCAUCCGCGGGAUAAUAACCGCGGCCGGUCUACGCAAAUACACCGGAUGCGAAACCAGACGAAUAAGAGCUGGCUGUAUAAAUCGAACGCGAGGAUACCGAGUAAUUGCACACGGCGUAAGCACGCUUUGGUGAAGCACCAUCCAUUGGCGGGGUGCAAUUGAAAUUAGAUAGUCUUUUCUUAUGAAAAAAGAAUUAGGAUACAACAAUCUAAAGAAAUUCGUUCCUA